GAAAUUUUCAUGAUUAACAUUUGAAUUAAGUAUCCUAUAAAAGGUUCAUCAUGCUCCGACUCAGUCUUGUCGUUAUCCUGGUCUGCCUCAGCUGUGCCAAUACACGGUCCUUGAGAAAAAGGGAGACAUGUUGUAUGCAAUACACACCGUUUUGCCUGUCUUGCUGCAUUCCGGAAUGUCCUCCACAGUCGUCUACUACUCAGAAGGCAACUAAACCUCCAUCUCCUAAACCUACGACGACGACUACAACUUCGACAACACCAAAGCCAGUCGUGGGACUUGAAAGCCUAUUUGACAUCGACGAUAUCAAGGUACCAUCUAACAUCGUUAUAAACAAACUAGAGGAGAACGGUUUCCACCCCAAAAAUAAUGACGACGCACUCCAGCUUUUGCGUAAUUCCACAAUUUAUAAAAAGGUCGCACAUGAGAUUAUGAAAGAUCGCAAGGCUUAGAAGAAACAUGGUGGUAUAUUGAGAAGUUGUCUGUCGCCACUGCUGGAUUGAAUGUGGAACUCAACUGAACCAACUGUUCCGAGACUAAACCAACGAUAUAAAAUGGUUACAGUCGGAGAAAUGGUUCAUAUGGAUCAAAUCAACUUUAUUCGAAUCAAAUGAAUUUCGUUUGAAUCAAAUAAAGGAGGCUAUUCGAAAAGGCAGUGAUGACCCUUUUAUUCAAACUUAAUCUUGGUUUUUAGUUCGGUUUUUCAAUCACAAAGAAUGAUUCAAUAGCAAUGUAUUCAAUAUAAAUAGUUAUGAUGUACAAUAAAGAUGAAUGUGAUGGUCAAAAGUG